CCCUCUUGGAGCAGACCAGGUGCGCCUGCGUAUUUGUUACGUCGCGCGGCCGCUCGAGCCUUGAGAUGAAGCGUGUUUUCUCACUGCUGGAAAAGACUUGGCUUGGCACACCAAUACAGUUCACCUGGCAAAAAACAUCAGGAAACUACCUUGCAGUAACAGGAGCUGAUCAUACUGUGAAAAUCUUUGAUCGCCAUGGUCAAAAAAGAAGUGAAAUCAACUUAUCUGGUAACUGUGUUGCUAUGGAUUGGGACAAAGAUGGAGAUAUCCUAGCAGUGAUUGCUGAGAAAUCUAGUUGCAUUUAUCUAUGGGAUGCCAACACAAAUAAAACCAGCCAGUUAGACAGUGGUAUGAGGGAUCAAAUGUCUUUCCUUCUUUGGUCAAAAAUUGGAAGUUUCCUGGCCGUUGGAACCGUUAAAGGAAAUUUGCUUAUUUAUAAUCGUCAGACAUCUCGAAAGAUUCCUGUGCUGGGAAAACAUACUAAGAGAAUCACAUGCGGAUGUUGGAAUGCAGAAAAUCUGCUUGCUUUAGGUGGUGAAGAUAAAAUGAUUACCGUUAGCAAUCAGGAAGGUGACACGAUAAGACAGACACCAGUGAGGUCAGAGCCUAGCGACAUGCAGUUUUCCAUGAUGAAGACAGAUGACCGAACGUCUGCUUCUGAAAGCACGAUCAGCGUGGUGGUUGGCAAGAAAACGUUGUUUCUUUAUAAUCUGAAUGACCCAGAUAGUCCAAUUGAUCUGGAAUUUCAGCAGCGCUAUGGGAACAUUGUCUGCUACAGCUGGUAUGGUGAUGGCUACAUCAUGAUUGGUUUUUCACGUGGAAUUUUUGUGGUCAUCUCCACUCAUAUUCGAGAGAUUGGUCAAGAGAUAUUUCAGGCUCGUGACCACAAAGAUAGUCUAACCAGUAUUGCAGUCUCACAGACCCUUAAUAAAGCUGCUACGUGUGGUGAUAAUUGCAUUAAAAUUCAUGACUUGGCAGAAUUAAAGGACAUGUAUGCUAUAAUCAACCUGGAUGAUGAGAAUAAAGGGUUGGGCACCUUGUCCUGGACAGAUGAUGGCCAGUUGUUGGCACUGUCUACCCAAAGGGGCUCGCUGCAUGUUUUCUUGACCAAGCUUCCCAUACUUGGGGCUGCCUGCAGCACGAGGAUUGCCUACCUCACCUCCCUGCUCGAAGUCACAGUAGCCAACCCCGUGGAAGGGGAGCUGCCGAUCACAGUUUCUGUUGAUGUGGAGCCCAACUUCGUAGCGGUUGGGCUUUAUCAUCUGGCCGUGGGAAUGAAUAACCGAGCUUGGUUUUAUGUCCUUGGAGAGAAUGCUGUUAAAAAAUUGAAAGAUGUGGAAUAUCUGGGGACAGUUGCCAGUGUUUGCCUUCAUUCUGACUAUGCUGCUGCACUUUUUGAAGGCAAAGUCCAGUUGCAUUUAAUAGAAAGUGAAAUCUUGGAUGCUCAGGAAGAACGUGAGACCCGGCUUUUCCCAGCAGUGGACGAUAAGUGCCGUAUUUUAUGCCAUGCCUUAACUGCUGAUUUCCUCAUCUAUGGUACAGAUACUGGUGUUAUUCAGUAUUUCUACAUCGAAGAUUGGCAAUUUGUUAAUGAUUAUCGACAUCCUGUUGGUGUGAAAAAGAUUUUUCCUGACCCAAAUGGGACCAGAUUAAUUUUCAUUGAUGAAAAAAGUGAUGGAUUUGUCUACUGUCCGGUUAAUGAUGCUACCUAUGAGAUUCCAGACUUUUCACCAACCAUUAAAGGUGUUCUUUGGGAAAACUGGCCGAUGGAUAAAGGCGUAUUUAUUGCCUACGAUGACGAUAAGGUGUACACUUACGUCUUCCACAAGGACACGAUACAAGGGUCUAAGGUCAUCUUGGCCGGAGGCACCAAAGUGCCCUUCUCUCACAGACCUUUGCUGUUGUUUAACGGAGAGCUGACCUGCCAGACGCAGAGCGGGAAAAUAAACAACAUCUACCUAAGCACCCACAAGUUCCUCGACGGUUUAAAAGACGUGGGGCCGAGCGAGCUGCGGCAGAUGCUGUCGCAGACUUUAAUGCUCAAAAGGUUUUCUGAUGCUUGGGAAAUGUGCAAGCUUCUGAAUGAUCACGCUGCCUGGAAUGAGCUGGCCAGAGCUUGUCUCCAUCACAUGGAAGUGGAGUUUGCCAUCCGCGUCUAUCGGACAAUCAGAAACGUGGGCAUGGUGAUGUCCUUGGAGCAGAUAAAGGGAAUAGAAGACUAUAAUCUUCUGGCGGGACAUCUUGCCAUGUUUACUAGUGAUUUCAACCUGGCUCAGGACCUGUACCUUGCGUCCAGCUGUCCUAUUGCUGCGCUGGAGAUGAGAAGGGAUUUACAGCACUGGGACAGUGCGCUACAACUGGCAAAGCGCUUAGCCCCGGACCAGAUACCAUUUAUAUCAAAAGAAUAUGCUAUUCAGCUUGAAUUCACGGGUGAUUAUGUAAAUGCUUUGGCUCAUUAUGAGAAAGGAAUAACUGGUGAUCAGAAGGAACACGAUGAAGUGUGUCUGGCUGGGGUGGCCCAGAUGUCCAUAAGAAUGGGAGACAUACGCCGAGGGGUUAACCAGGCGCUGAAGCAUCCCAGCAGGGUCCUUAAAAGAGACUGUGGCGCCAUAUUGGAGAAUAUGAAGCAAUUUUCAGAAGCAGCCCAACUGUAUGAAAAGGGUCUCUAUUAUGACAAAGCAGCCUCAGUUUACAUCCGCUGUAAGAAUUGGGCCAAAGUUGGUGAACUUCUGCCUCGUGUUUCUUCCCCAAAGAUUCACCUGCAGUAUGCCAAAGUGAAAGAAGCCGAUGGAAGAUACAAAGAAGCUGUUGUGGCUUAUGAGAAUGCGAAACAGUGGAACAGUGUCAUCCGCAUCUAUCUGGAUCACCUCAACAAUCCUGAGAAGGCUGUCAGUAUUGUCAGAGAGACCCAGUCUCUGGAUGGCGCCAAAAUGGUAGCCAGGUUUUUCCUACAGUUGGGUGACUACGGGUCUGCCAUCCAGUUUCUUGUUAUGUCCAAAUGUAAUAAUGAAGCUUUCACACUGGCUCAGCAGCACAACAAAAUGGAAAUCUAUGCAGACAUUAUUGGUUCUGAAGAUACUUCGAACGAAGACUAUCAAAGCAUCGCCUUAUAUUUUGAAGGAGAAAAAAGACAUUUUCAAGCUGGAAAAUUCUUCUUGCUGUGUGGCCAGUAUUCACGAGCACUUAAACAUUUCCUGAAAUGUCCGAGCUCAGAAGAUAAUGCGGCCAUAGAAAUGGCAAUUGAAACUGUUGGUCAGGCCAAAGAUGAACUGCUGACCAGCCAGCUGAUAGACCACCUGAUGGGAGAGAGUGACGGCAUGCCGAAGGACGCCAAGUACCUGUUCCGCUUGUACAUGGCCUUGAAGCAGUACCGGGAAGCGGCUCGCACCGCCAUCAUCAUCGCCAGAGAAGAGCAGUCCGCGGGAAACUAUCGGAAUGCACACGACGUUCUCUUUAGCAUGUAUGCAGAACUCAAAUCCCAGAAGAUCAAAAUUCCCUCUGAGAUGGCCACCAACCUCAUGAUCCUGCACAGCUACAUCCUAGUGAAGAUUCACGUGAAAAGUGGCGAUCAUAUGAAAGGGGCACGUAUGCUUAUCCGGGUGGCCAACAACAUCAGCAAGUUCCCAUCACACAUUGUGCCGAUCCUGACGUCCACGGUGAUCGAGUGUCACCGAGCAGGCCUGAAGAACUCCGCUUUCAGCUUCGCGGCCAUGCUGAUGCGGCCCGAGUACCGCAACAAGAUCGACGCCAAAUACAAGAAGAAGAUCGAGGCCAUGGUCAGGAGACCCGAUACCUCCGAGACAGAAGAGCCCACAACCCCGUGUCCAUUCUGUGAAUUUCUUCUCCCCGAGUGUGAACUGCUCUGUCCUGGAUGUAAAAAUAACAUCCCGUAUUGCAUUGCAACAGGCCGACACAUGUUGAAGGAUGACUGGACCGUGUGUCCACAUUGUGACUUCCCUGCUCUGUACUCGGAAUUUAAGAUCAUGUUAAACACGGAAAACACAUGUCCUAUGUGUUCUGAAAGAUUAAACUUUGCUCAACUAAAAAAAAUCUCUGACUGUACCCAGUUCCUGCGGACAGAGGUGGAGCAGUGAGCGGCCCGUGCAGAUACAAUGUUCCUGAAAAGAUACCACUUUUCCACAGGAGGCAAAGUUUCUACCCUGGUGGUUUCUGGAUACAGAAAAAAGAAAGACUCUUCAGGUCACAGACAUUGUACAGUUGCCAUUGUAGAAUGGCAAAACAGUGACAUGUAACCUUGCUGUUGAUUAUACUUCAGAGUUCUUCUUCAAGUUACAAAUUAUAUGCUCUGCACUGUUAAUAGUAGCCUAUGAUGGAACUGUAAAUAUUCAACUUUUUGAUAACUUUUAUAUUUUGAAGUGUCUCCUUUAAAAUAAAAUCAUUCAUUAGA